AUGGAGGGUGGCAUGCAGGAGAUGAGAAUACACAAAAUCCACAAGGCUCUGGAAAAGGAAGAAAAAAAACUGAAAAGGAUUUUGUUGAGGGGCACUCUGUCUGUGCGUGCGUUCGCUGUAACCGGUGGCCGUUCGAAUUUGUCCUCCUCUGACGCUACUAGGAUGGCGUUACGAGACCCAACUUCAAGCAAUGGGGCCCGCGAAGAAGCAAUGGUCUUCAGUACCAUUAGCCUUGAAGAGUCUUUGGCACAGAUGCGUCUUAAAACCCCCCCACCCCCUUCUUUGAAUGUACACUGUUCGCAUGCGGAAGGGGAAAACUCCAUGGCUUCCACGGCAACUCUUGCAGAGGAUGAAGUCAGGCUGCACCCGCGGUUAACCUCAUUAUACAAAGCAAAUUUGGCCAUACAGAGUCAUGGCACAGACGAGAGAUUGAUCGGACUUGACGCAUUUGCCUCGACUUCAUCCAUCAGAUCUCUCAUGACCGACUCUCUCUUCUCCACCCGCACCACGACCGAUUCCUGUCCUCCUAGUCCAUGUUCAUCUGCCCACAUUGCUGGGCCGCCUCAAUGCAAAUCUUUGGAUUUGAUUCCACGUCCUGUAUCUAGUCCAUCUCGCCCUAUAAAUACUACCUCGUGUACUUUGCGAAACCGAGGCCAGAAGACCAGCGGCUCAGAAGAUGGCUCAUCUCAUCCUACGAGCGAGUACGGUAGCAAAAGUUCUGUACAUGAGUUCUCUAGAUUCACGGAUGAGGACGGCGAACAACUUGAAGGCCGAGGCCUUCGAGACGACCUUUGCGAAUUAUUGGUUGAGGACAUUUGCAAUGUGGUCUCAAAUCGACUUACUGAGAAUUGUCUUCGAAAGCUCCGUGCACCGAUUUCCCAUUAUGCACGCAUAUUCGUGGAGCGUGUCACCCACGACCUCGAAGACUCAGACACCUUGAAUAUGACACCUGUGAUCUAUCAGACAUUCGGCUCAAGCGAAUAUGGCUCUACUUCAUCGACGCCCGCGAAGUUAAGCUUAUAUGGUAGUUUCGGACAUGAAAGUAAGCGUGAAUCGCGUUAUGAACACGACGAUUCUGAUCCAGAUGACAAUGACGAUGCCGACUCGGGUCCUCCUAUGGGAUUUGAUGAACGUCAAAGGUCAAGAAGAAACAGUGCCAGGGAAGCUGCAAUGAGUUGUCCCUACAGAAAGCGAAAUCCAAUGAGGUUCAAUGUUCGCUCGCAUGCCUCUUGCGCUUUGUCGGACUUCCCGAGCAUGACUCAUCUUAGGCGUCAUAUCAAGGCAUUCCAUUUGAAAUCGGGCGAAGAGUGUCGUCGAUGCGGGGCCUGGUUCGAAAGCACCGAAGAUCUGUUUGACCAUGUAAAUCGGCCAACAGUGUGCGCGCGGGACGCAGGGGAUCCGAACCCAGAGGAUGGAAUCGGUCACUCAGACUUACAGAACCUCUAUGACAAGAAGGUCCAGACAUGGAAUGACGUGUGGAUGAUUCUCUUCCCAGACUUGAGCCUAGAUAUUCCAUUCAAAGGCUUUGACCCACCCGUGGAGCUCGAUGAAGUUGAGACACGGUGCUAUGGGCUGGAAAGCGUUGAUUAUCUGAGUGAAGUCUUCCAGCAGAUCGCUUUGAGCAGCCCGAAACUUUCGCCCAGGGAGCUCUCGCAACGAGCAUUAUCUGGAUCUGUGGGUUUCAUCGCUUCAACCCUGCAGAGGUGUCGAGACCUACACGGGCACACACCUUCCUCAAGCCGACAAGCCAAGACACAGGAAUUCCUCGAACGUGUUCAGAAUAUAUCCUUCGAAGCACCGCGAGUCCAAGCUUGGGCUUCGGAUAGUCCGACCGAACGGAGUCCUGGAUCCCCGAGCCAAGUUCACUCUCAGCAGUCCCACGACUCUGGCAUAGCCUUAUUGGCUGAAUCUGUUGCUUGGGGGUCCUUGAGAGCUGAGAAGGAGGCUCCAAAGCAAUACUGCGAUCAAGAGACUAAACAUCUCUCUUCAUCAGAUGUGAUGGCAGAGACUCCCACUACGCAGGCCUCACCUCCCGAGUCUCAUUUUGUCUCAGCGGGAGAUGAAUACAAUACGCCCGAGGAAGAAGACAACGACUUUCAGUACGAACAGCUUGUGGAAAAUUUGGCCAACCUAGUCAUAAAGUCUCAAUGGGUCACGCCGAUGGCGGACGACUGUAUGUCCAUCAUCAAGUUCACACAUGCUUACUUGGAAAAUAUUCGGAGCCACCACGACGGCCUCUGUAUCACUCAGAAGUUUCCUGUAUCACUCUCCUCCUCCUGCGAUGAUGGCGAAGAUCUUGGCUCCAGCCUUGGUGGUCAAGACACCUCAGGUCUCUUGAACGCCAACGGAAAGAGAAAGCAAGACGGUGGCCAUAGACGUCGUCGGAAAAAGAACGACAGGGUCGAUGACAACCCCAACGGAGAUGGCCCUGACGACUCCGAAAACCCUGACAAUUGGGCGGGAGACAGGAAAAGAGCCAGGACAGAUGAUUGCCCUGAGUUUCCAUGUCCAUACAGAAUCCGACAUCCCACCAGAUUCAAUAUUCGAGAGCACCAGCAAUGUGCUUUCAACACGUUUGCAAGCAUGGCUCGGCUUAAUUUCAGGCGUCAUAUCAAGGUAUUUCACCAAUCAGAUGCCCAAGGCGAUCAAUGUGCGAGAUGCCGACGCUAUUUCCCAACGGAGGACGACAUCACAAGACAUCUCCGCCAGACACCUGUUUGUGAGAUACGUAGCGGCCGUGAUGAGUUCCAAGAUCCAGAGGAUGGUAUUACUCGGCAGAAGCUCUGUGCCUUGAUGACAAGGGGCAAGGGCCAAAAAGUCGAUACAUGGGAUGCAGUAUGGAAGCUCCUGUUUCCUGCAGAUCAUUCUGUUCCAGGUCCUCAUUAUGAAGAACCUGUUGAGCUGGAGGAGGUACAGGAGAAGUGCUACCAAGAGCAGAGCAUCACACUGUUCUUCCAAAGGAUCUCCCAUCUCACGCAUGAGGACGGAUACCUGUACAUUGUCAAGGUCUUCAGAAAGAUUCGAAAGACUUUCAAGCACGUUUACAGCGAUGAGAGGAGACAAAAGGACCGGAGGUUUCUGGAAGAACACAUGUUCUGUGCCGGAGAUGAUCGACACCCCGAACACUGGAGGCUUUUCAAACAAUACCACGGAGAACACUUGCGCGAUGACACCAUCUUCUAG